CGACAACCCAACUUCAGGCUUGGACUAGUAUUAUAUUUAGCUGUCCGUCAGGAUCUGCAUUUUGUCGAUCUGCUGUCAUUCCUUCUUUCAUUCUUUCCGAUUUCUCUUACUCUUCUUUUAAGACCUCAGGAUUUUAUCGUAUCUAACUCUGGUCGGGUUACGGUAGAAUUAUAUAUCUUGACGUCAAUCACUGUCGUAGUUCUAGGUGAAUACCUAUCUUCAUGUUUACUUUGAAGAUUAUUAUGAACUAACAUGGCGAGAACAGAUAUUCCAAGCACAGAUGCUGGUCUUCCCUCUUCUCGCCUGGGCUCUCGGACCAGCACCACUGCCAGUCCAGGCACUGACAGACGGCAACUCAUCCAUCUACCACAAAAAGGCAGAUCUAGACACAUACAGCAUCCUGCAACGCAAUGCAGUUAUUCAAAACCAGCUAUCUCAAACCUCCGUCCGGGGCAUCAAGAAGAUGAGCGACGACGAAGGCGAGAAGUUCUUUCUCGACUACUGGUACUUCGGAGAGAACAACCAGACCGACCUACAGAGCUCUCAAACCCCAGAAAAGACACAAUCUGAUCUACACCCUCGCAUAUAUCCGUAUCAGCCAUCCCAGUCUGUGGGUGAGACUUACAACUCCCACGGAUGGAUGGCCCAAUUCUCACCGCUUCUUCGGAGAGAAUUCAAAUGCCCCGCGGGGACAAAUUCAUGCGCCUCGAUUAAUCGCCCGGACAGCUGCUGCAGUACGGGAUCGACCUGUGAGCUGGUUGACGAUACAGGGUCUGGGGAUGUCGGGUGUUGUCCGGACGGACAGCAUUGCUCUGGCACGAUUGGUUCGUGUCAGCAAGGGUACACUAGCUGUCCUGCGUCAUUGGGUGGCGGAUGCUGUAUCCCCGGAUACGAAUGUGUCAGCGGUGGCUGCGCCAACGUGUACACGGUGACGAUCACGGUGAGCUCGACUAUCAUGGUGUCGACUGUCACGGACACAGUUCCCGCAACUAGCACGGUUUUUAGUAGCAGCCGGAGCAGCAGCACGACACGAUCGUCCUCUGAAUCCACCGGAGAGUUUACUCCGCCUGCUCGACCAACGAGUCUCUCGACGGCGACCGCCUCCCAGACGGGGUCGAUCUGUCCCAUUGGAUUCUACGCCUGUUCCGCUGUCUACCAGGGAGGAUGUUGUCGCACCGGCCGCGACUGUGAUACCAGCUCGUGCCCCCAGACCCCAUCGACGACGAUCACGACUAACGACCGAACCAUUGUGGUUCCCGCCGAGACGGAAGCGCCGCCAGCGACGACGGGACGAUGCGCGAGUGGGUGGUUCCGCUGCGCAGACACCGCAGGUGGGGGAUGCUGUCCAACAGGGUUCGCAUGCGGCUCCAGCUGCACCGCACAGGAAACGGGGACUGCGACAGGGACCGUGGCGAAGGAGCAGCCCACGAAUUCCGCUGGCGAGAGAAACCUCCCGGAAGGAAUGAGCCUGGCCGGAAUCAAUUUCCUAAUCGGGGUGCUCUGGACGAUUGGAUGAGGCGCGAGCGCAUGUACUUACUAGUAGAACGCAGAAAACGAGAACCACGAAUGGGAAUGAUCCU